CUUAUGCUUCCUCCCCCCCACCCCUCCCCCGUGCUGGGCUCUGCCGGAGCCCUUGUGAGGGCGCUUCUUUUUUCGGUUGCUGCUGGUGAACCCGAGGGAACUGGCCGGGGUGCGCCCUAGUUUGUUCAGAGAUCGCUUCUCUCUGCUGUCCUUACGGAGACCCCCGGUGCAGACAAAUUAUCAGGUGAAAAAUUGUAUUGCAAGAAUUGGAGCUGAAUCUAAUGUUAAAUAAUGGCAACAGGUGACUUAAAAAGAAGCUUACGGAAACUAGAACAAGUGCUUCGCUUAUUAAAUUAUCCUAGAGAGGUGGAUUAUGUUGGUUUGAUAAAGGGAGACACAGCAGCAGCUUUGCCCAUCAUCAGCUAUUCUCUUACCUCGUACUCACCCUUUGUAACAGAACAUCUCAUGGAAUGUAAUGUAGAGCUCCUAGCAAAGAAUGACCUGCGCUUUACAGAUACUGUCUAUAAGCUUCUUCGUGAUCAAUUUGAUUAUAAACCAAUUUUGACAAAAGCGCAAUUUAUGCAGCAUGGGUUCGCAGAAUGGAAAAUCCAGAUUAUUUGUGAUAUUUUGAAUUGUGUGAUGAAAAAGCACAAAGAAUUGACUGGUGUUAAUAAGACUCCUUCACAACCAAGAAAAAAAAUCAUUUCUGCUUAUUCAGAGCCUUCAUCAAGCAAUGAGAAAGCACCUGCAGAACCUGUUGGCUUUGAUGUCACUGGCAGAUUUAUGACUUCAGGAAAGAAGAAAGCUGUGGUGAUUCGUCACCUGUAUAAUGAAAACAAUGGUAACAUUCCGGAAGAUACAGAAUGUUCGGUAACAGAUGAUAAUGAAGUAUGUGAUGCAUCAGACUUAAAGGCUUCUGAAAUAAAGGUUACUGAAGUGCAGGUCCUUGAAACCAAGGCUGAGCAGGAAGAUAUAAAAAGUAAACCAGAGAUUACUACACUACAAACUAUGCUUGCUGAAUGUCAAGAAAAACUUAAUAAGUUGACUUGGAUAGAGAAAAGGCUAGACUCUUUGGAAGAAACAAUGAAAGGGAAAGUGAUAGUAGAUGAAAAAACCUGGACUAAUCUUUUAAGUCGGAUCACUCUUCUUGAAACAGAAAUGCUUUUGUCUAAAAAGAAUGAAUAUGUAGAGUUUAAUGCAAUGAGUGACGACUAUGUUUCCAGUAGUGACAUAGAUCUGGUGACUCCUGAUGAAAAAAUCAAAAUUGAGAGGCCAGCAAAUAUGCCUCUGUCCUCUGGUUAUAAUACAGAAUCAACAAAUUCAACUCCCAGAGCCUCAACUAUUACUUACUGUGGUUUGAAAGAUACUUCAGAGGAAACAACAAUCCAGAAAAUGGAAAGGAUGAAAAAAAUGUUUGAAGAAACUGCAGAGUUAUUAAAAUGCCCAAGUCACUAAUUGUAGAAUUUUCUUCAUGAAUUUCUGUAGGACUUUGGCUACUGUACAUGUUGUAUAUUUUAAGAACAUUCCAUAUAAUUUUAAUAUACUAUAAUAUUUUUAUUAAGAAUUUGUAUUCCUUUUGGUAUAUGAGUUUUUCCAUUCAUUAUUGAAUAAAUACUUUGAUAUUUUUGAACUAUUCUUAUACUGAUUACUCUCUCACUUUUCUUAGGAAAAACUUAUGUGCUAGUACAUUGCUUUUACAGAGUGAAGUCAUUACAGCAAGCACUGCAUUUUUGUGUUGACAUUUGUUGGCAGUGUGCUAAGUAAUAUGUUUUUUAAAGUACAGGCUUGAGGAUCAUGGUUUACAUCCUGUUGGAAGCAUUCCAGCUAGGACUUGCAUAUUGUACCCAAGAGGCUCUCAUACAUACCGUCUUGCCAUCUGUGCUGACGAAAAAGUUGUAAUGAAAAGUCGGAAGUGCUCAUUGACAAUUAAAUAAAACAAAAACACAGCUAUUUCAUGCUCAGUCAAAAAGUAGUAAUAUUAACAUUGAGAAGGUAACAAUGUAAUUCUCCUUUUGUAGCAAAACAGGUCUGCAGAUUCACUGUGAGAAAUGUAUGGAGUAUUUUAGUGCUCUAUUGUAUGUCACAUUUUAAGAGCAGCAGCACAGACCCAGGAGGUCCUCAGCCAGUGUUCAGAGAUACACAGUGAGGUUUUCCUUUCUGUUUUAAUGACAAGAAACUAAAAUUUUUUGGAGUGUAAAAGCCUUAGAUGAAGCUAAAUAGACAAUUAAAAUCAUUUUAUAAUUUUUAUGUAAACAUUUUUCUAACUUUGUAAAUAAAAGUAUAAUCCUGGAAAAUCAAGAAAAUUGACUUAUUGGGAGGGUAAAGUACUUUUCUUUUAUUGAUAAUCUGAUUAUAUUUUAUUAUUCAUCUGUUUCUGUUAUAUAAUUCAAUAUUCAAAUAUAAAAUAUUACCUUUAAGGUAUAGGUAAAGACUUAAAGCAUUUUUAAUAUUCUGAUUAGUGUUUAGUCAUUUAAAACUGAACUUUUAUGUUAGCAUACAGAAGCAUACAAUUUAGUAUAAAUUUACUUAUCUUUUAAUAGCAUAUGUAAUGAAUCCAAUUAGAUUUAUUUUUCCAACUACAUGAGAGGUACAUUUAUAAAAAUCUCUUUUAAAAAGAGAUAACUAGUAUAGUCUGUUAGUGCAUAAAGCAUCAGUACCAGAAUGGAAUUAUAGCACCACCUUGUGGUUAAUGUGCCAAUAGUUUAUCUUUUGUUAAAACAAGUAGUUUCACAUAAAACAGGAUUUUUUUUUUUGGUACCAGAUACAGGGAUCAGACUCGGGACCUUGCGCUUCCCAGGCAAGUGCAGCACCACUGAGCUACAUUCCCGGUCCAUAAAACAAGAUCUUAUUUUAACUUUGAAAAAACUCAAUUCCAAUUUUACAAAGAAACAUUUUUCAAGCUUUUUGUGGAAGACAAAAGAAAAGUCUCUUUGUCUCUAGCCUCCUUUUUUCUUUAUAUAAAGUGAAUAUACAUACACUUGGAUGAUUUGAAACAUUUCCAGUCUCCUAAUUUACAUAUAAUGUACAAAGCAUAAGAAUCUGCUGAAAGUCCAAUAGAACAUUACCUAUGUAUGUUGUCAUGUAGAAAUUUAGAAUCUAGGUUUUUUUACGUUUAACAGUUUCAACAGGAACUAAUAAAAUCAAUUCAUAAUAAUAGCCAUAUGUUUACACUUACAAAGAAUUUCUCUGUACUCGUUUAACAAUAUAAUCUUUUGAAAAAUAAAGCAAAUUUGACUUCAUUGAAGAGAUUGCCAAAUUAUUUAUUAUGCUUUUUUAGAAAUAGUAAAAAGUUUUCUGUCUUUGGUAAUUUGGUUAAGUAGUUUCUAACAAUAAAUUAGCCCCUUUUGAUUAGCUUGAAGGUCUUGAGAAAGUAAUGCAAAAGGGUCCUGGAGGGGUUAUUUAUAGCUCCAUAAUUAAACCUUAGUUGAUUGGAAUGUUCACUAAUUCUGACCUCUUAAUUCUUCUGUAAGCUGGAUAGAAAGUUAUACUGCUAAAAAAAAUCACUAGUCAGUGUUGCCCUGUCUGCCCUAUACUCUCAAUAGAUCUGGAUAAAUGACCAUAUAGGAAAACUGAGGAAUGCAUCAGGUAACUGAUCAGAAAGGGUUGAAAAAAAAUUGCAUCCACCAAAAGCAAAGCUAAGAAUUAUUGCAUUGGAAAAAGUAGUUCUAUUAUAUUUGUUUUACUCUAUCAUUUUAAUGUGAUGUUUUAACAUGUAAUACAUUCCUUACAAAAUAAAACUCAAAGACUUUGGAGCUAUGUUUCAUGCCAUUCAUUACAGCUUUAUAUAAUU